AUGGUUCACUUCCCAUCUCAAGCGUCACGUCUGUUCGUCGUGUGGCUCAUCUUUGCCACCUUCCUUGGAGUGCAUUCCUCUCCCUUGACCGUGACCCCCCAGAAAAACUCUGUCAGAGAACUGGAACAACGAGAUGAUCGUCGUUUUAAAAACCUUCCGAUCAGACUUCUGCGGAAAAGCAAAACUGGGUCGAUAAUAACCAACCCAGACACUACUAGAGUAGAGAGUGACGAAGACUGGGCCAUCUUCAUUGGCACAGAUGGAUUUCAGGCUCACCCAGGGCCAGCUGGCACUCUGACAGCCAUACGAGUACCAGAACCUAGGACAAAUGGGGGAACACUAAUAAAGCUGCAAGACCUCCAUGAGAAGGCCUCGUUCACCUCCUCAGCCGAGAAAGCCAAAGUGUUUCAAGGUCUACUCACAGAUGUUCCUGCACUGCACAAAGGCAACAAUGUUCCGAAAACUAAUCUGGCGUAUCUGAAUGGGGUGUUUGCAUAUUUGGCAUCUGUAAAGGCGGUUUCGGCUCCGCAACCUCCUGAGGCUUGGGUGACGAUCUAUAAUGAGAUGCACGAUGCGAAAGGUGAUGCAUCUUGA